CAUCACACCUACAGUUUUAGAGGCUGUAUUGAUUGCGAUCACAUGGUUGAUAGUCUCCUUGACCGGCCAACUACGACAUGUGCGUACGCACCGCAUGUUUAACAAGGGCUCAGAACAGUUCACCGGUCGAUUCGCUCGUCGAUUCGCCUGUAUGUGAACAUUCUGGCUCUGGCACACACUGCAUACGUCCUUCCAUUUUCAUUGAUUGCACGUUCACCUUGCUUACCCAGAGAGCCAACCAAUAACGUCCACCGCAUCUAGUAGCCGAUCAGGAGAAACAAAUCAUACACAAUCCUACUUUGAUAAGGGCGAGUGGCAUUUUACAACAAAGAUGGUGGAAACGAUUAAUCCAUCUUUUCUCUUAGGAAGAAUCAAUCAUCGUGUAUAAGACAUUAGAUUAUAAAUUCACUCGCUCUCUCACUGCUUUCAAUAACGCACAUCUUCCAAGCCAGAGUAAAGCCUGAUUGCUAAAAUGCACGAUCAUCAACUUUCCACUCUGACCAGUUUGUCUAUCAGGGAGCGCCACGGUCGAUUAUUGACAGACAAUGGCGGAACAAAGUCUAACCGGAUGGGAUUUUUCACCAAUUCACCGCUCUUCUCAUUACGAUCUAUCGCCCUUGACAUACAGGCCAAGUCUCAAAAGUCAUUCCAGUACGGUCUGUUAGCAAGAAUAGCAGCAGAACAUAGCCUUACUACGGAUUCAGCUGUUUCAUAUGAAGUCCAUCGAGAUAAGCGAUUGUUCUUCAAUACUACAGCUCCUUCCAGCAUUUUUAUCUGUGGCUCCCAGGGAUCCGGCAAGAGCCACACGUUAUCCUGUCUUUUGGAGAAUUGUUUAGCCCAUUCAGACGCUGCAGUGCUGCCCAAGCCGCUUUCCGCCUUACUUUUCCAUUAUGAUACAUUCAUAUCCGACGAUGGCGGCUCUCCCUGCGAGGCCGCCUUUCUAUCGUCUUUGCCCGGCAUUCGCGUACGGGUUGUAUGCGCACCAACCAACAUAAACACCAUCAGGAAAACAUACCAAUCACUGAAUGUUGAUAUUGAGCCACUCCAAAUCGACAGCGGUGAUCUUAACACGAAGCGUAUUCUCGAUCUUAUGGCUGUCAAAUCUGAGGAAGGUAGUAUCCCUCUGUACAUUCAUACGGUUACUCGCAUCUUGAGGGAGAUGCGCAUGUCCCAGCAAGCGACUGGUGCACGGUUCGAUUACGAGUCCUUCAAAUCCGAGGUACUAGCCGCAGACCUUACAUCAGCUCAGCUGGCGCCGCUCAACCAACGCCUUUCCACACUCGAGAGUUUUAUGCCACGACUAGGAAGCAAAGUCAAGAGUAAAAAGCGACAGGUUUUGAGCGGCACAUCUUGGGAGAAUCAGCCAGGCUUACUGACGAUUGUCGACCUCUCUUGCCCUUGCAUCUCGCCGGAAACAGCUUGCUCAUUGUUCAACAUUUGCUUGAGUCUGUUCCUCGAGCAAGACAUGACUUGCGGUCGAGUCAUAGCUCUGGACGAAGCACAUAAGUACAUGACCGGAUCUCCUGAAUCUUCGGUGCUUACAAAUACGCUUCUGUCGACUGUGAGGCUUCAAAGACAUUUGGGAGUGCGCGUGUUUGUGUCCACACAGGAGCCAACCAUAGCGCCGUCUUUCCUGGACCUCUGCACCGUUACCAUAAUCCACCGAUUUUCCUCACCAGCAUGGUUGCGAGCCCUCGCAGCCCAUGUUGCACUCAUGCAGCAACAGGAACCAAGUGGAGCUAAUUCUCAGGAUGGCCUAGCCAACAGCCGCAGAGAGACGCCACAGGAAAUUUUUGAGAAAAUUGUCCGCCUCAGAACCGGAGAAGCUCUUCUGUUUGCCCCCAGUGCGAUGUUAGCUAUAGGUAGUCUCAGCCGUUCAUUGACAACCGAAACUUCAGGGUCUUAUGUCCGAGUCAAAGUGAGGGCAAGGCUAUCAGAAGAUGGUGGACGUAGCGUUCUUGCUGACUAG